CCCGAUUACAUACUUAUAUAAAAAAAAAUAAACAACUGUAGAAUGGAGAGCAGAUUUGUUGUCAAAGCGCAAACAUGGAAUGUAAACUACGAUUAAUUUAUAAAAAGACUACAAGAUAUUAUGUUAAACACAAUUCCGUUAAAUCAUUAGAUUUCUUAAAAAAAAGUUGUUUAUAGUAGGACUAACCUGUUUGAAAAUUUUGGGAGCUCGUUGAACUUGCGCUGUUUUCACUCUCCGUACGCGUUCUCGACGUAAAUAAUAAAUUCCAUGGAUUGUAGCUCGAAUAUUGUGAGUUGUUUUGGUUUUUCGGCUGGUUUUUGUUGUCCGAAUUCAUUAUUAUUUAUAUUUUUAUUUAGUAAAAACUUCACAAUGUUUUCGUGUGCACUGUGGAGCGCGCGCCUCUUGAUAUAACAACAAAUGAAUGCCGGUGCCGGAGUAGGUAGAGUUGAGCUGAGUGAACGCACGUGCAUGCUUAGCGUUGUUAUUAUGAUCCGAGCGUAGCCGAUAACACACGAAAACGACCGACGAUACGAAGAUAUUGUUGACGUAAUGCGGUUCGCUCAGUGGACAAUGCCAGAUCAACACAAAGACGUGGAAGUAGAACUGAACUUUGAUGAAAUUAUUACUAAUAGCUCAUUAAUAUACCAUUAAUGGAAUAUUUUGAAACGCUUUGUUAGGAUUUUGACAUGUACUGUCACAAUAGUUUCUACAAAAUAUUUUUGGGGAAUCGUGUAAUAUCGUUAUAAAAUAUUAAUUUGAUAAAUGUGUCAAACUUUUUACAUAAUAUUGAAAAUAAUAUUUCGAAAAAAAUUAUAUACUUUUUAGAACACAUCUUUUUGUUCACCCACUUUGAACCUGUAAUCACUGACAGACAACGUCAUUUUCUUAGUAUCAAGGUUUGAAAAUAAUCAAAUUAUUUUUACUAAAACGCAUAAAAGUUUUUAAAACACAAGACAGACAAGAAAUAAAAACACCAUGAAGAUACCCUAUAUCGUUCCUCAAAAUACACAACAAGCGUACGUGACGACCAAUGUGAUGAAAAACUCAUUGGCUGAGGCCAACCGUAAAAUAGUAGCGGAAAACUUUCAAUGGGAUGACGAUGUUACUCCUGCACCUUUAACUUACUUUUCUGCUCUUGCGCUAUCCAGAGCUUUCCAUAAAAUCAAUCCACUUCAUAAAAUUUUGCAAAAAGAUGUGGACAUGCUUAUGGACUUAUAUCCUGCGGAUAUACCCCUGAAAUGUAGCGUGCCUUACAUCAAAAACGAGCAAUAUUGGAAGAGGUCUUUUGCAACCAAAUUUCCAUCACGUUUAGAACUUGGAGUAACAUUUUGGAAAGGAAAGUUUUUAUCGGCUUGUUUACAAGAUUACUUAGAAAAUGUUAACUGUGAUGUUUUCAUUGAGGAAGAUGCUGUUGAAUUAGCUCAGCUGGUGAGCCCAUAUAUUUACGAACUAGGUCUUAAUCAGUUGCAAAUGGCUAGGCAGCCUACCCCACCAGUUCCUUAUGAAGAUAUUGUAGAAGACACAUGUGUUUUUAGUGUGCCAAAAGUGUACGACCACAUUCCUUUGGAGCCCGUACUAGCAAAAUUAUAUAACCUGCAAGAGAUCUCGUUAGUAUUUGGAUUAAAUGAUCAGCAAGACAAUUAUCAAACCAGAUUCUUUGAAUUUUCAAUGGCCGACUGCGAAUCACUUUGCCGAGGUGUCGAGGAUUUAAAAAAUCUCAGAACUUUUAGAAUUAACAGAAGUAAUUUAGAUUGUUCCAAGGUAAAACUUAUUUUGCAAAAUUUAGUGAAGAAAGAAAGUAUAGAAGAAUUGGAUUUCAAUCAUUGUAAGAUAGGUGACUACGGCAUGAAAGCUUUGGGUGGUUUUAUUUUUAUACAUAAGAAUGUAAAAAGAGUCCGAAUAGCAAACAACAGAUUCAAGGAAGUCGGUGUGCAAGGAAUUGCAUAUGCUUUACAAAUGAAACCUGCAGCCCCAAUAGAAUUGAUAGAUUUUAGUCUGAAUCCUAUGUCUCUUGAAUGUGCAACGACAUUUGCUGCAGCUUUUGUUCGUUGUAAGGAGAAACCCCAAACGCUAAUCGUCAAUUCUUGCGGAUUUAAAGGCGCAUCCGCUGAAAAGAUGGCUGGCCUACUUAGCCUAAACAGAGGUUUAACCAGAUUAGAUAUGGCGGCUAAUGACUUAUCCGGAGAAGCAGAAAAAACUCUUAUCAAGGCACUCGAACAAAACAAAAAGAUUUUGAAACUAGAUUUACGUAGAACCCAUAUUUCUGAUGAAACACAGACUAAGGUGAAUGAAAUUUUGGAAAGAAACAAAAGCUUACUUGGUCAGGAAACGGAACCAAGUGACGAAAUACCACCACUGUAUCUCAAUGAGCCCGAGUAUCUCAUUUGGGAAUACAACCCUAACAAUCCAGAUCACAUCCCGGGCAGAUAUCCGGAGAGAAUUCGCGAAGUUUAAUUUGACAGACAUUAAAUUUGUGAUUAUUAACAAUAUUAAUUGUUUAGGAUCCAGUAUUUUCAAUAAAUUUUGAUUUGCUUUUUCAGUAUAUUACUUUUAUUUGCCCAGUACAACUAAUUUCAGUACACUCACUUAAUGGUAUUGUAGUAUGGUAUUUUCUUAAAUUAUUAAAGUUCAGUCACAGCCACACUAAAAAAAUCCAAUUACUUUCGUGGUUUUUAAGGAUUUUAAUGUUUCUGAUCUAUUGCAGAGGGUGUAGAAACAAACACCCGGCAUAAGUUUGCAAAAGCUUUCAGGUUGUUAUUAAUUCUUUUGGAGAUGCAAUAGCGUACUUGGACUAUCUAAUUAAUGCAUUGCACACUAUGUGUACCUACAUACUUCAAGGACGAAAAUGAAUGCCUAUGGAUGGUUAAGUUAUUUAUUGAUGUACAUAUUUCCAUAAAAUAUUAUCGUUUGGUUUCAGCAUCUGUAUCACGCAAUGUUUAUUUUAAUAUCAUGAUUCUUACCACGUGCGAUCACGAAUACCGAUACAUAUUAUGCUGUUUUAUUUUUCUCUAAUUAUGUUUACUUUAUUACAUACAUUGAUAAAUUAUUUACGACUUUGAUUUGCUCAAAGUUAUAUUUAUUACAAACUCAAACUGAUGCAUGGUCUUAUAUGCAUGGGUUUUUAUUCGUAUUAUAUAAAAAUGUUAUUUGAAUUAACUCAUAAAUUUCUUUGGAUUUAUAUAAAAAUUUGUAUUUUGAUGUAAUGGGAAUAAAUUUUAUAGAUUCGUUAUUAAUUAUAAUUAAUCACAAUCUGUAAUUUCCUCUUCUCAAGUGGAGUAUUAUAGACAAAUCGUGAAUUAGUUGCUUCCGGG